AUGAAAAAUUUUUUUUAUUUUGUCUUUUUAAUACCAGCAAUACUAUUACUAUUUUCAUUUCACAAAAUGGAAGGAUCACAAAAUUUUGAAGCUGAAAAUGUUAGAGCUACAUUAGUUUAUCCUCAACAUGCUGUUUUGGGUGAAGGAAGUAUUUGGUCAGAUACUGAUCAAGUCCUAUAUUGGAUUGAUAUCGAAGGAAAGAAAUUAUUCAUUUAUAACCCAAAAACUAAUUGUAAUCAAGAAUUUGGAUUAAGUGAUUUACCAGGUACAGUUGUACAAAGAACUAAUGGUGAAUUAUUAAUUGCAAUUAGAAAUGGUAUUACAUCAUUUAAUCCACAUACAAAGGAAUUUAAAGUUAUGGCACAUCCAAAUACAGUUGCCAAUAAUAGAUAUAAUGAUGGUAAAUGUGAUUCACAAGGUAGAUUUUGGGUUAGUACAAUGAGUUUGGAGCAAGACAAUCCACCAAAAGCAUCACUAUUUAAAAUUGAUAGAGAUUUUCAUUCAGAGAAGAUCUUCGAUGGUGUUAGAAUUGGUAAUGGGUUGGUAUGGUCAAUUGAUCAAAAAAAGUUUUACUAUAUUGAUACACCAACUUUGAAUAUCGAUGAAAUGGAUUACAACGCUGCCCAAGGCACUGUAUCAAAUCGUCGUCAUUGUAUAUCUUUUGAAAACCGUAAUUUCGGCUUCCCAGAUGGUAUGACCAUUGAUAGUGAAGGUAAACUCUGGAUUGCUCAUUGGGAGGGUGGUAGAGUUACAAGAUGGUGUCCAAUCACUAAAAAACUUUUAUUAACUGUAACUGUUCCAAAUGUCUCAAGGGUCACUUCUUGUGCUUUUGGUGAUUCUGAUCUUCAAUCUCUUUAUAUCACAACUGCAAGACGUGAUGGUGAACCUGAUUCUGGUUCAUUAUUUAAAUAUAGAUUUACAAAUGGUAUUAAAGGCAAUGUUGCUUUUAAAUUCCAAGGUUAA